GGCCGCUCCAGCUGGCCGAGCGGGCUGGGCGUCGCCGCCACGGGCCGGACACAGUGCCUUUUGAAGCAGUGCCGGGCCAGACCGACGCCCUGCAGCGGGUCGACUGCCGCCUGUGGACGCACCCGCCGCACAGCCUCCACAGGCGCGCUCAAGUGUGAGGUCGAGAGGGCGGUGGCGGGGGCAGCUCGGCGCGCAUCGCCCAUGGGGAGCCGGCAGGGCCUAGCGGUGUGACGCACGGCGGCGGUCGCGACCGCGGACCGAUGCUGCAGUGACGGAUCUUGGCGCGCUUCGCGGUGUGAGUGGACAGAGCGGGCGGCGAUCCCGCCGGGAUAAUGACGAUGUCCUCAAGUCACAGGGAGAAUGAAUCGCACGAGUCGACCUACAGCGCGGCCAAGAUUCAGGAGAUGAUCUUCGAGCUGAAUGGUCACGUGGCACUGCUGCGCGAGCACCUGCUGGCGAUGGGCAGCGCCCGAGACUCCCCCGAGCUGCGCGAGCGGAUCAGACGCACGCGCAUCGACUGCAUGACCACCUGCAAGCAGACGGCGUCCCUGCUGCUGCCGCACAUUCGCAAGGAGAUGGAGAGCGGGAUCUUGGUGGACAGCCAGUGUUUGGUGCUCCUCUUCAGCUGUACGCAGCUGCUGUACCGCGAGCUGCAGAAGAGCACUCGACUCAUCGACACCAUGCCCAUGGACAUGUCGCAAUACUACGAAAACCGUCCAGGACCCUCGAGUUCCGGCCUCGGCAACGUCAUAUCUCAAAUAAUUCUGCACGUGCCGAUCACGCCCAAUUUCCAACGUGAAGAACUAAUUAGCAUAGCAAAGGAUAGCCGGGAGAUCGAUCAGCUGCUCUCGGACAUGCAGGAGUUUAUGCCAAAGGCGGAAUCAGCGCGCGACACCAUGUGGGCGGUGGAGGGUUCGCUGCUGCCGGGCAAGCCUCGCUGGCGGCGCGAGCACAAGGUGGCCGGCUCGUCGUGCUGUUGCGCCGGCGUCAGCUCGUUCUUGUGAGGACGAGCGCCCGA